AUGCAUCGCUCAAGACCACGGCAUAUUCUUCCCUGUAACUGCCCGCCCGUGGCCGACCACACCACCAACACACCAUCGAUCAUCAAACACAAUCACCGUGCAGACUCCAUUUCAGCACCGUCCUUCCCUUUACUCGCACUCCCUCCAGAAAUCCGCCUGAACAUCUACCUUGGCCUUCUAGACCGCUCGUCCUCGCCCUUCAACAUUCACUUACGACAGAGCUCCAUCCCCACCGGCAAAAGAAUUCGAGCCCACGAUGAGCGCGAGUGGUGGUGGGAAGACGAAUGCAUUUCUCUCGCUCCAAAUCUAGCCGAAGUCGAGGCACCAUUGCCCAAUGAUCACUCGAUAUUCCAGCCGACGGCGCGAUGCAGCAUCAAGGUCCACUACUCGCACUUGCACGAAGGCGGGGAAGACAACUGGAAACCCCCGCGUAGCCUUGCUCAAGCUUGCACCACGACGCGAGACGAGAUUGCCAUGCUUGUCCGCGACAGUAACAGGAAGCUUGAGCUGCACGCCGACGACAUCUAUCUCGCCUGCUGGUACGGCAUAACGCACAGCUUCACUUCAUCUUUAUGCCUUUCACACGUUACCAUCACCAAGCCCUUCAGCAAUAGGCAUUCGUUUAAGAUUUCUGAACGGUGGCUGACGCAACUAUUCCUGCGGUUUCCUUGUCUGACCUACCUGUGUCUGAAGGACCUGCAUCAGCACAAGGACGAAGAGAGGUGGGGCAGCCGUUGGCAAUUGGAUGAUCUGCGGGUCAUGCAGUUCAUUCUGUUGAAUAGCAAUUUGGACAUAGUCGCGAUCAGGUCUGCGGCGCAGGAGGACAGGUGUGGGAUUAGCCCCGAGGACAGAGAUUGCUUUCCCAACGUUGAGUUCGUGGCGCACAGGGUCGCCAGGCAGCAUCUUGGAGACUUUCCGUACACCGUGGACGUGGAAGAGGAGUUGGGAAAGGCGCUGGUGAAGAAGAAACGUCGAUUGUAG